AAGCGCUUUGAACUGUGACGCUGACAGAAAGAACGAGUUGAGCAAAAAAUGUGGGCAAGCGCCGAAGGUGGUUCUCCGGAGGUUACUCUAGAAACUUCCAUGGGUUCCUUCACCAUCGAGCUGUACUACAAGCAUGCGCCGAGAACUUGCAGGAACUUCAUAGAACUAUCUCGCAGAGGUUAUUACGACAACGUUAAAUUCCACAGAAUCAUCAAGGACUUCAUAGUACAAGGUGGUGAUCCCACUGGAACAGGAAGGGGAGGAGAAUCCAUAUAUGGUCCAAAAUUUGAAGAUGAGAUUAAACAAGAGUUGAAGCACACUGGAGCUGGUAUCUUGUCCAUGGCAAAUGCUGGACCAAAUACUAAUGGUAGUCAGUUCUUUAUUACUCUGGCACCCUGCCCCUCUCUUGAUGGAAAACACGCAAUAUUUGGAAGAGUAUGCCGGGGGAUGGAAAUCAUCAAAAGACUUGGCAGCGUCCAAACAGAUAAUAACGAUAGGCCCAUCCAUGACGUGAAGAUACUACGGACAUCAGUCAAGGAUUGAGAUGAGUUGCAUGAUAUUCAUAUGAUAUGAAGAAACUGUAAUUUUAUUAUCAAUUUCUGGUGGAAGUAUGGCUGGAAGUAUCAUUGCCUAUUUGGCUUCAAGCUUAUUUGUAAGAGUUGUAUGUAGUUUUCUGCACUAGUCACCAACAUACUGAAGACAUUACUUUUACCCCGAAGACCAUGAUUUUAACCUGCAGUUUGAGACAAUAUUUACAACAAAAGAAAACUUCAAUUUGAUAUAGUUUCCAUUGAGCCUGAUAAUCUGUAGAAUCGUAGAAAAGUUAACCUGGCAUGCGAGGAUACUUAUACACGUUAUCUAAAGCGGAUCAGUUAAUUUUCCAUUUCCGUUUUUAUUUUAAAUAGCCGAGCUACAUGAUUUGGACGUUAUGCAGCGUUGGUGACCACGAUAGUUCCGAUAGAUAUCUAACCCGGGCAGACUU